GGGAAAGGAAAGAGGGAAGGGAAAAGGAAGGGAGGAAAGAAGAAAGAGAUACGUAGAGAAAAGACAGAACAUAAAGAGGCAAGGGCAGAGAGUCUGAGAAACAGAGAGGGAUCUAGGGAGGAGUGGGAGACCGCCUACGUAGUCCCCCUUUCCAGGGUAAGGUUCCAGACGCUGUAAAGUAGAAAGGAGAGGAUUGGGGGGUGGGAGGUAGAUUUUUAACUUGAGUAAAGGCCAAGCCCUGGGUAUUCAACUUUUGCUGUGUGUUUGUUUCUGACUGGCAGUAUAGAGGGAUAUGUGUCUGUGCUACCUCCUUAACUAUUUUUCGAAGAUGCUAGGUAUUAGAUUUAUUAUUAGCAGCAAUCAGAGGGAGAGUGUCAUUAAAAUGAAAGGACGACACACAUGUAUACAGCACACUGACGGACAGAGGACAAAUGAACAGACAGACUGACCGAUAGGCAGACAGACAAACGGGCACGGACCUUCUCCCUCUUUGCUGACAUUACAUGAAUUUCAAGAUCGGCAGAGCAUACGCAAUAAAUACACGUUUAGAGCUGACCCGGAGCUAGAUAUUUCAGCAGCCUUGUGUUAUGUUGGGGUUUAAAAAAAAAAAAAAAAAAAAAAAGUCUUUCGGAACUGAAAGAAGAACGCCCGGAGAAGACAAACUCACGUUUCCCCUCCAUUCCAUUCCACUCCACCACCACCACCACCACCACCACCACCACCACCACCACCAUCACCACCACCAUCAAACACCACCCCCUCCCACCCGGCUUCUCCACGCCUUCGCCUCUCUCACUCCCCCCCCCCCCCACCUCAGUCACCGCCGCCCCACCCCCCUUCCCCAGCCAAGAAAGCCGGCGGCGGCUGUUGGUUCUUAGGGGUUGCAUUCAAAAGUGUGGCCGGUAUUCAUGACUUUAAGAGGGUGUUCUUCCCCACCCCCUCACCCCCAAAGCUCCUUCCCCCCCCAAGUCUAGUUUCACCCUCCCCCUUGCUACUACGCAAACAAGAACUCCAACGAUUCCCCCUAGUCCAGAUUUGAUUUCAGGCGGCGUAUGUACCUAAAACAGAUAAUUGGGAAGGUGGAAAAUGUCACCUGAUUCACACUGAACUUUUGAAAAUCUCCCCACCCCCAAACACACACACAUACAUACAUACACACGGACACACACAGUCACACACACUCACACAUACACACACUAGGAGACCGCCCACCGCAAACAGCUAAGACCCCCAUAUAGAUUUAAAGCGAGACUGCACUCUGAUUCUGACGUUCAUUGAAUAGAGCAGUCUGACUAGUGGUGCUCUCUCCUCCACUUGAUAUUGUUGCUCUCUCGCUCGCUCGCUCACACACGCACACACAUACUCACUCACUCACUCACUCACUCACUCACUUGUAUCCUGAGGAUGUUAAAUCUGAGAAACCAGCCGGGCAUGCUUUUACUCCUGAUCCUGCUGUGCCAGCUCAUGGAAGAUCGCACAGUCCAGGCUGGGAAUUGCUGGCUGCGGCAAGCAAAGAACGGUCGUUGCCAGGUCUUGUACAAAACUAACCUCAGCAAAGAAGAGUGUUGCAGCACCGGGAGGCUUAGCACUUCGUGGACUGCUGAAGACGUGAAUGACAACACGCUUUUCAAGUGGAUGAUUUUUAACGGAGGCGCCCCAAACUGCAUCCCUUGCAAAGAAACGUGCGACAACGUGGACUGUGGACCUGGAAAGAAAUGCAAAAUGAACAAGAAGAACAAGCCUCGGUGUGUCUGCGCUCCGGAUUGUUCCAAUAUCACUUGGAAGGGUCCUGUCUGUGGACUAGAUGGCAAGACCUACAGAAAUGAAUGCGCUCUCCUCAAAGCCAGAUGUAAAGAGCAGCCAGAGCUAGAAGUUCAGUACCAAGGCAAAUGUAAAAAGACCUGUAGGGAUGUUUUAUGUCCAGGCAGUUCCACGUGUGUGGUGGAUCAAACCAAUAAUGCCUACUGUGUGACAUGUAAUCGGAUUUGUCCAGAGCCUACCUCCUCUGAACAGUAUCUCUGUGGGAAUGAUGGAAUAACUUAUCCUAGUGCCUGUCACCUGAGAAAGGCUACCUGCCUGCUGGGUAGAUCGAUUGGAUUAGCCUACGAGGGAAAAUGUAUCAAAGCAAAAUCCUGUGAAGACAUCCAUUGCAGUAGUGGGAAGAAAUGUUUGUGGGACUUCAAGAUUGGCAGAGGCCGGUGUUCACUCUGUGAUGAGUUGUGUCCUGAAAGUAAAUCUGAUGAGGCUGUCUGUGCCAGUGACAAUGCCACUUAUGCCAGUGAAUGUGCCAUGAAGGAGGCUGCCUGCUCCACAGGUGUGGUCUUGGAAGUAAAGCAUUCAGGAUCUUGCAACUCCAUUACUGAAGACACAGAAGAGGAGGAAGAAGAUGAAGACCAGGACUACAGCUUUCCUAUAUCAUCAAUUCUAGAGUGGUAAACCCUCGAUCAGUGUUGGGAUAGCCCUUGGGCAAAAAAAAAAAGAAAAGAAAAAGAAAAAAAAAAUUGGUGUCCAUAAUGUAAAUAAGUGUAUGCUUAUUUAUUUGGGGGGAAAGUACACGCAAAGGACCUUUGUCCUGCAGCCCUCUCCCAGGCAACCUUCCCACUGACUUGACACGGGAGAGGCCGCCAGUGUGAGGUCUACUGGAUAGGGCUCAUAGUUGAGACUUGUAGACAUUUAUUUAUACUGUGUCAUGUUUUAUAAUUUAUACAUAAAAUGUCUGGUUGACUGUAUACCUUGUUUUUGAAGAAAUUUAUUCGUUAAAGGAAGAGCAGUUGUUAUUUAUUGUGAGGCCUCUUGCUUGUAAAAUAAAAAACUUUUUUUUUUCCUCAUAAAACAUUUUAAUCCAUUCCUUACCACUCACUUACUUGUCACCUUUUGGUCCACUGCUGUUUAAUUCUCUUUCCACCUUAAUGAACAUGCAUGUCAGUUUCUAUCAUGUUUGUUUAUUUAUUGGAUUUUCUGCUGCCAGUUCUGUACAUACAUGAUCCCUGGGGUUUUUGUUUACAAGGAAUCUUGACUGACCAAAAAGCAUUAUAACUUGAUUCAAAUGUAGAGUACAGUGGUCCCACCUUAAAGGAAACUUCUGCUUCAGUUCUCUCUUAAUCUAUCCAAGAUAGUCUAGGAACAUCAGUAUCAGAAUGAAACAGAUAUGUUAUUAUACUUCGAAAAUUCACAGAUCCAAAGAAUUAAGGUGAGAAAGAUGAUUAAAUGGGAUAUGGGUGUGUUAUAGCAGUGGAUGGGGAGAUUAAUAAACACAGAUUUAUUAGGUGUUUCCUUUCAGCUGGACUGCUAUACCCUUUAAAUUAGUUCUUUUUUUUCAAACAAUAUGUCAUUAAAAGGUAUAUUAAAGCUUUAUCAGUUCAAGUUUCUUGCUUUUCAUAAUACUUUUUUUCUGAUGCAAUUUUAUAUUUCCAAACAUGGCAAGUUAAAUAUAAAUUCAUUUAAAUAUAUAGUUUUGUACUUUUCUACCAUGUAAAUGUGCAAUGUAUAUAAAAAGUUAUAAUGUGUAUUUGUAAAUAAAUGAUGAGUGAAAAUAAAAAAAAUGUUUUAAAAAAAAAGCCUGCAUUCCUCCCCAUGGAAAGAGAGUAGAUUGGACUUUGGGUCAGUGAUCCUCGUUAUGUAAUAAAAUAGUUGAUGCAUAAUCUACCAAAAAUAAGCAUAUGUGAUGUCAAAAUCUCCAACGACUGGUUAAGUUUAAAUGAUUUUAGUAGAACUGAAAUGUAGUAAGGCCUAAGAUUUAUUUGUACCUGGUGCCAGUCUUUCUUUAAUUAAACUCUAAACUGAAAUAGACAAA